UCACACAACAUUCUUCCCUCAUGUUAUUACAAAACAACCCUUUGUCUAUCAUUAGUCCCGUGCAGUUCCGUGACAUCCACGACAGAUACAUGACCCUCUUACGUAGACUAACAUCAAAGAGAGGGAAAAUUCAAAGAACUUUAACCAUUAAGCGCGUUUGCAAGAAGGUGGGAGGAAUCGCUUUGGUCGUUUCGCAAAGCGUGCUUCUGGUGGCUUUAUUGGCGUUUGCAGUUCACAGCGUAAUUGGGUUGGUGGCUGCACCGUGUAUAGCUAGCUUGUUUGGUUUGGUCAUAAGGAAGAAAUUUCGUGAAAGGGUGAACGGAAACUCUUGUGUGAGGCUAUGUGAACAACUUGAUGUUGCUGCGAAAGGGGUUUAUGUGCUGCUUAAUGAGUUGGAUACUAUGAGUCGUAUGGUUAAGAGGUUGGAUGAUGAGGUUGAACAUUGGAGAGAAGUUGGUAAUAUUUGUGUGAAGAAUUAUAAGCGUGAAAUAUUGAAGCGGGUUGCGAAGGAAUUUCAAGACAACGAAUCUAACUUUUUGGGCAUGUUGGAAGAGCUUGAAGAGCAUAUCUAUUUGUGCUUUCUCACUGUAAACAGAUCUAGAAAGUCGGUCAUGCAAGAAAUUACGAGGAACCAAGGUUAAGAAAAAUUGACGCCUCGUAUUCUUUUGCUUAAUUUUAUCAUUUAUAGAGAAGAAGUUUUUGCUGCAUGAGUCAAGUUGAUGAAACUUCUGCGAUGCACACUCAUCAAUUGGAGAGAAGGUUUUACAACUUUACAUGUAAAUUAUAUUUUCUUUGGGAACCAGGUGACUUUGACGAGUGUCUCUCUCUUAAUUUUCUUGCCAAGAAUUUCUGUUAUACGCCUUGAUUUGCAGGGUAAAGCUGGCUAACAUUUUUUGUUUAGAGUUAAUUGCAUUGAAGUCUUUUUCUAUUUUAAUUUAUGCAUGUACAAUGUUGAUCUCUUCAAGGUGAGAGAAAUGUUAAUUGUGCUUUGUACAAUAAUUUUUACAUAAAAAUGAGAAAGACGGAGAA